CAGUCCCACUACACAUCUCUGAUUGGUUUAAAUUCCAAAGCUUAUCAAUGGCUUCAUUUUCCGCUCCCUACAAUUCUCUUCUUCCUUCGCCUACACAAACGUCUUUUUUCUCGUCGGAGAGCUCUGCUUCACCGUCGUCAGUCAAAUUCCGGCCAUCAAGUUUUCCAGGCGUCGCCGCGUCCGCCACUGCUACCUAUGCUGAAUUCGAAACAGAAACAACUACUGCCUCGUUUUCGUCGCCUCCGAAGUUGACCUCUCCUUCUCCAACGUCGUCGUUUUACGAUUUGCUCGGAAUUCCGGUUGGCGCGACGAGCGAGGAGAUCAAGGCGGCGUAUCGGAGACUUGCUCGAGCUUGCCAUCCCGACGUGGCGGGGACUGGUCAGAAGGAAUCGUCGGCCAACGAGUUCAUGAAAAUUCAUACGGCGUACUCCACUCUAUCGGAUCCCGAGAAACGCGCCGACUAUGACCGGCGCCUCUUCCGUCGGAGGCGGAGUGUCAAAGUGCAGCACUCCGGCAUUUGUACUUCUUCGGCGCCGGAAAAAAUGUCGAGAUUCACCGGCUACACUCGCCGGAAUUGGGAGACCGAUCAGUGCUGGUAGCUGGAUAUAUUUUCAUUUUCCUAGCUAUUCUAAAUAUAGAUUAGAAGUUAGAACAGAUCCCUUCGUUAUAUAUGCAGAAAAGCAUAGCCGCAGUUACUGGACGAUAAUUCAAUUUUUAACAUGAUUAUUCUUCGGUCU